AUGUUAUCUAGUGUGUUCAAUUAUUGUAAUGGUAUUUAUAUCUAAUUAAUGUAGUGUAACUAAGUUAAUCGUUAUUUAAGAAUGAAAAGAAUACAGAAAGGAUGGUGGGUUUUAACAAUUUCUAAAUCAAAAAAAAAUUAAUGAAGAAAUUAUAUUAAGAAAAACAAUUGUUAAUAGUUUACAAUAUUGUAAUCAAUCAAAUUUUUAACAAAGAUAAGUUUAAAUUAGAAUAAGUAUGAUAUAUUUAUACUUUUAAUAUAGUUUUCAAAUAAAUGCUAAUGA